AUGGCUGCAUAUAUAAUAGGUUGGGUCUGGAAGACCCUUGUCCUGCCGCCGUUAUGCAUGGAGCGCCCUUCUCUAGUUGCUGUGUACACCCAAGAUAACUCAACAUCGGCUCUCGUAUUAUCUAUGGUAGCUGCAGGAUCUUCCGCCGGUGACGACCUUGCUGCACUCAAUGGCUCAUCACUUCAUACCUUGCUUUUUUUAUAUCUCCAGAUCUUCGUUCUAGCCAUGAAGAUAGCACAGCUGAUACCACGAAUAACGUCAUAUACUGCAACUGUGAACACAGCAAUGCUCUUGAGGGCGUUCUAG